UCAGCCAUACAGCACGCGCUCAUACAGUGGUAUCACCAACACCAACGCGUGUUGCCUUGGCGGCAGCCAUCGGUACGCAGGUCCGCUGAAAGCAUGACUCACGGUCAAGACUCAAAUACCAUGGCUUAUGCCGUGUGGAUCAGCGAGGUCAUGUGCCAACAAACCCAGAUCUCUGUGGUCACCGACUAUUUUGAACGCUGGAUUGCCAAAUGGCCCACCGUUCAGGCGCUGGCGGCGGCUCAAUUGUCAGACGUGCACCAGGCUUGGGCCGGCUUGGGCUACUAUUCCCGCGCCACCCGAUUGCACGAAGCUGCACAAUACAUCGUGAAUCAGCUGGAUGGCUCUUUUCCGACGGUGGCUCGCCUGAUCUUUUGCUGGCCGCCAGGCGUGGGUCCGUACACGGCUUCGGCCGUGGCCUCCAUUGUGUUUGCCAAGCGCGUAGGGGUGGUGGACGGCAAUGUCAAUCGUGUCCUCAGCCGUCUCGGAGGCAUCGCUGUGCCGCUAACACAAGAUGCAGCCAAAAAGUGGAUGUGGCGUCAGGCUGAUACGCUCGCCGACCACGCAGCGCCGGGUCAGAUCAAUCAAGCCAUGAUGGAGCUGGGGGCCUUGAUUUGCACCCCCAAGUCUCCACAAUGCCACGCUUGCCCCUUGGCAGAACAUUGC